AUGACUAAAUUCUACAUCUGUCCGGAGUCUGGUUCCGACGAGAAUGACGGGACUGAAGAGAAACCGCUAGGAACACUAUUUCAGGCCAUGAUGCUCUCAAAAAAUACCGGCGAGUUUUUUGUUCGAACUGUCAAAGAGGAUGGUACUAAGACAUGGGAGCCAGCAACAAAAGCAGCCAUCAAGAAGAACUUGAAGAAGUAUGAAGCUGAAUUGAAAAAGGCUGAAAAAGCUGCAGGACGAGCAAAAGAGCAAGAAGCAGCUACACAGACUGCACUAGAAGAAGCAAAGAAAAUCACUUUCUCCCUGGAUCAAUCUCUUCCGCCUGCAACGCUUGUGAAAAUAAAGGAUUGCGUAAAAUACAGAGAUCAACGAGUGCGUGUGAAAGCUUGGGUGCAUAGAUUACGAAGACAAGGAAAAUCGCUCAUGUUCUGGGUACUCCGUGAUGGAAGUGGCUACUUACAAUGUGUUCUUAACGACAUUUUGUGUCAAAGCUACGAUGCAGUCACCCUGAACACCGAAAGCUCCGUCGAAGUUUACGGAACUAUCAAGAAGGUACCGGAGGGGAAACAAGCGCCAGAUGGUCAUGAGUUGGUUGUGGACUACUGGAAAUUGAUCGGGAGCGCUCCACCAGGAGGUAUUGACAAUGUCCUGAAUGAAGAGGCGGGCGUCGAAGUGAUGCUCGACAAUAGGCAUCUUGUUAUUAGGGGCGAGAACGCGUCCAGAAUCUUGAGGAUUCGAGCUGCUGCCACAAGAGCGAUGCGCGAACAUUUCUACCAUGCAGGAUACACAGAGAUUUGUCCUCCAUCAUUGGUGCAAACUCAAGUAGAAGGUGGUUCAACUCUUUUCGCUUUGGAUUACUUUGGGGAACAAUCUUACCUAACACAGUCGUCGCAGCUGUAUUUGGAAACAUGCAACGCUUCUCUAGGAGAUGUCUACUGUAUCGCGCAGUCUUAUCGUGCUGAGAAGUCGCGGACUCGUCGUCAUUUGGCAGAAUACGCACAUGUUGAGGCGGAAUGUGCUUUUAUCACUUUUGAGGAACUUAUGGAUCGCAUUGAGAAUAUCGUAUGUGACACGGUGGAUCGACUCAUGUCGGAUCCAUCCGUAAGAGCGCUCAUCGAUUUUGUGAACCCUGAGUUCAAACCACCGCAACGACCAUUCCGUCGCAUGACCUACACGGAAGCCAUAGAGUGGUUGAUAGAACAUGAUGUACGUAAUGAAUACGGUGAAAAAUUUGUACAUGGUGAAGAUAUCGCUGAAGCAGCGGAGAGGAAAAUGACAGAUACUAUAGGAGAGCCAAUUCUGCUCAACAGAUUUCCAGCUGGAAUAAAAUCCUUCUAUAUGUCUCGCUGCGAAGACGACAAUGAACUUACUGAAUCGGUAGAUCUUCUGAUGCCUGGUGUUGGUGAGAUUGUUGGUGGAUCUAUGCGUAUCUGGCAUGAAGACGAUCUACACAAGGCGUUUAUUGGGGCAGGUAUUGACCCAAAGAAUUAUUUUUGGUAUAUGGACCAAAGAAAGUACGGUUCAGUACCCCACGGUGGCUACGGUUUGGGAUUGGAGCGUUUUAUAUGUUGGUUGACAAAUACUCAUCAUAUUAGAGAUGUUUGUUUGUAUCCAAGAUUCAUCGGUAGAUGUGCACCCUAA